AUGUCUCAACUAGCUGCCGUCCAAGGGCUCACGAUCGAUUUUGAGCAAUAUCACACAAAUCUGGUCGCAGAUCUUCAACGUUGGGACAAUGCAAUUGAUGGAACAAUAGCCAAUCGAGUCUUCCAAACUUUUUGUGCUCUCAAUAGAUUGCACCUGAAGAUUGUUUUUAUCGAGCGCAGAAAAGCCCUCAUUGAACGCAUGAGCAGCUUGCCCGCGGAUGCUCGAGCCGAGCUUCUGAGUGAGUACGAGAGACUCUUGGCCUUGAUGUAUCCGAUGCGCCAGUGGUAUGAAGCCAUCCGAGAUGACUACCGAGAUCUACAAACCGCUAGAAGCAGUGGAGAUUUGGAAACUGCCAGAGAGCUUGAGGAAGAGCUUGAUUUAGAGCCGGGACAUGUUUGA